AUGAAGGGGCGCCACCAGUUCAGGCGCCGCUUCAGCCUUCAGCCGUCCUCCUUCCUGAAGGAGGAGCCCGAGGACGACCCCAGGCACCUGGCCAGGUCCGAGCGCCACGACCAGUCCCACCAGGCCGGGGUCCUCGCCUCAGCCGCGCCCACCACAGCGGCCCGCCACAAGAUCGUCGUCCUGGGCGCAGCCAAGGUGGGCAAGUCCUCGCUCAUCACGCAGUUCCUCUACGGCACCUUCUCGCCCAAGUACCGGCGCACCAUCGAGGAGAUGCACCACGGAGACUUCAGCGUGGGCGGCGUCAGCCUGCGGCUCGACAUCCUCGACACGUCGGGCGACCACGAGUUCCCGGCCAUGCGCGCGCUGUCCAUCUCGUCGGCGGACGCCUUCGUGCUGGUGUACGACGUGACCGAUGCCGCCAGCUUCGAGGAGGUGCGCGCGCUGAGGGACCAGAUACACGAGACCAAGAAGAGCACCGCCGUGCCCAUCGUGGUGGUGGGCAACAAGCUGGAUCUGGCCCCCGAGUCCCGGGAGGUGGAAGUGGACACGACAGAGUCUGUGGUGACUGUCGACUGGGAGAACGGCUUUGUGGAGGCGUCGGCCAAGGACAACGUGAACGUGACGAAGGUGUUCAAGGAGCUGCUGGCUCAGGCCAAGGUCAAGUACAAUCUGAGCCCGGCCCUGCGCAAGAAGCGGCGCCAGUCCAUGGCGCGACACUCCAUCUCGGAGGGCGCGCACGACCCUUCGGCCUCGCACGCCAUCCCUUCGCCCGCCCAGCUGGAGCACCUCGAGCAGAUACGCGAGCGGCACAGCGGCAGCAAGCGCAACUCCUGCAUUCUCUCGUAA